AUGCUCCACAGCAACGUCAUGAGAAAGUAUAAGCUACUAACGCCUAACCCUAGCGAAACCUCAACUCCGGCCCGCGCCGAAGGUGGUCGCAAAGAUGCCGACGCCGGCGGCGAACAAGCUGAAGCCGGCGCCAUUCAGAGCGCGCCAAAGGGACUCGGUCUCGACAAGCCUGAUCAGGGCGUCCCAAUGUUCGACGCCGAGGACGUCAAGGGGAGUUUGAAGAUCCACAUCAAGCUGAAUCUGGAGGCCGAUAUCAGGAUCAUUGCUAGAGUCAAGGGGGAUAUCGCUAUUGGUAUUUUGUAG